UAGUUGAAGAGGGGGAGGCCUCGGACUUCUCGCUGGCCUGGGAUUCCUCUGUGGCAACAGCAGGAGGCCUAGAAGGAGGGCCAGAGUGUGAUCCGAAAGCCAGCCGUGCGCUGGAAGACAGGAACAGCGUGACAAGUCAAGAGGAGAGAAAUGAGGACGAUGAAGACAUGGAAGAUGAGUCAAUUUACACCUGCGAUCACUGUCAGCAGGACUUCGACUCUCUGGCAGACCUGACGGACCACCGGGCCCACCGCUGUCCUGGAGAUGGUGAUGACGACCCACAGCUCUCCUGGGUGGCUUCGUCUCCCUCCAGCAAGGAUGUUGCGUCACCUACGCAGAUGAUCGGAGAUGGUUGUGACCUCGGCCUCGGUGAAGAGGAAGGAGGCACCGGCCUGCCGUACCCUUGCCAGUUCUGCGACAAGUCCUUCAUCCGCCUGAGCUACUUGAAGAGGCACGAGCAGAUCCACAGCGACAAGCUGCCGUUCAAGUGCACCUACUGCAGCCGCCUCUUCAAGCACAAGAGGAGCCGAGACCGGCACAUCAAGCUGCACACAGGCGACAAGAAGUACCACUGUCACGAGUGCGAGGCGGCUUUCUCCCGUAGCGACCACCUCAAGAUCCACCUGAAGACCCACAGCUCCAGCAAGCCAUUCAAGUGCAGCGUGUGCAAGCGCGGCUUCUCCUCCACCAGCUCUCUGCAGAGCCACAUGCAAGCCCACAAGAAGAACAAGGAACACCUGGCUAAGUCGGAGAAGGAGGCCAAGAAGGACGACUUCAUGUGUGAUUACUGCGAGGACACCUUUAGCCAGACGGAGGAGCUGGAGAAGCACGUGCUCACCUUGCACCCGCAGCUCUCCGAGAAGGCGGACCUGCAGUGCAUCCACUGCCCUGAGGUCUUUGUUGAUGAGAGCACGCUGCUUGCCCACAUCCACCAAGCCCACGCCAACCAGAAACAUAAGUGCCCCAUGUGCCCCGAGCAGUUCUCCUCGGUGGAGGGUGUAUACUGCCACCUGGACAGCCACCGGCAACCCGACUCCAGCAAUCACAGUGUCAGCCCCGACCCUGUGCUGGGCAGCGUGGCUUCUAUGAGCAGCGCUACACCUGACUCCAGCGCCUCGGUGGAGCGUGGCUCCACGCCAGACUCCACUUUGAAGCCACUGAGGGGGCAGAAGAAGAUGCGGGAUGAUGGGCAGAGCUGGUCCAAGGUGGUCUACAGCUGCCCCUAUUGUUCUAAGCGGGACUUUACCAGCCUGGCUGUGCUGGAGAUUCAUCUGAAGACCAUCCACGCGGAUAAACCUCAGCAGAGCCACACGUGUCAGAUCUGCCUAGACUCCAUGCCCACCCUUUACAACCUCAACGAGCAUGUGCGCAAGCUACACAAGAGCCACGCCUACCCUGUCAUGCAGUUUGGCAACAUUUCAGCCUUCCACUGCAACUACUGCCCUGAGAUGUUCGCUGAUAUCAACAGCCUGCAGGAGCACAUCCGAGUCUCCCACUGUGGCCCCAAUGCCAACCCUCCUGAUGGUAAUAACGCUUUCUUCUGCAACCAGUGCUCCAUGGGCUUCCUCACUGAGUCCUCCCUUACUGAACACAUCCAACAGGCACAUUGCAGCGUGGGUAGCACCAAGCUGGAGUCUCCUGUCGUGCAGCCCACGCAGUCCUUCAUGGAGGUCUACUCCUGCCCUUACUGUACCAACUCUCCUAUCUUUGGCUCCAUCCUGAAGCUCACUAAGCACAUCAAAGAGAACCACAAGAACAUUCCUCUGGCGCACAGCAAGAAGUCCAAGGCAGAGCAGAGCCCCGUCUCCUCUGACGUCGAGGUGUCUUCCCCCAAACGGCAGCGUCUCUCGGGGAGUGCCAAUUCCAUCUCGAAUGGCGAGUAUCCCUGCAAUCAGUGCGACCUCAAGUUCUCCAACUUCGAGAGCUUUCAGACCCACCUGAAGCUGCACCUGGAGCUGCUGCUUCGGAAGCAGGCCUGCCCCCAGUGCAAAGAAGACUUUGACUCCCAGGAGUCCCUCCUGCAGCAUCUGACGGUGCACUACAUGACCACGUCCACCCACUAUGUCUGCGAGAGCUGCGACAAGCAGUUCUCCUCCGUGGACGACUUGCAGAAGCACCUACUGGACAUGCACACCUUCGUGCUCUACCACUGCACCCUGUGCCAGGAGGUCUUCGACUCCAAGGUGUCCAUUCAGGUGCACCUGGCCGUGAAACACAGCAACGAGAAGAAGAUGUACCGCUGCACGGCUUGCAACUGGGACUUCCGCAAGGAGGCUGACCUGCAGGUGCACGUGAAGCACAGUCACCUCGGCAACCCGGCCAAGGCCCACAAGUGCAUCUUCUGCGGUGAGACCUUCAGCACCGAGGUGGAGCUCCAGUGCCACAUCACCACGCACAGCAAGAAGUACAACUGCAGGUUCUGCAGCAAGGCCUUCCACGCCGUCAUCCUGCUGGAGAAGCACCUGCGGGAGAAGCACUGUGUGUUCGAUGCAGCUGCAGAGAACGGCACGACCAACGGGGUGCCCCCCACUUCCACCAAGAAGGCAGAGCCUGCUGACCUGCAGGGCAUGCUGCUCAAGAACCCCGAGGCACCAAACAGCCACGAGGCGAGUGAGGACGACGUGGAUGCAUCAGAGCCCAUGUAUGGCUGUGACAUCUGCGGCGCAGCCUACACCAUGGAGGUGCUGCUGCAGAACCACCGGCUUCGGGAUCACAACAUCCGGCCCGGCGAGGACGACGGCUCUCGGAAGAAGGCAGAAUUCAUCAAGGGCAGCCACAAAUGCAAUGUGUGCUCACGGACUUUCUUCUCGGAGAACGGGCUCCGGGAACACCUGCAGACGCACCGGGGCCCGGCCAAGCACUACAUGUGUCCCAUCUGUGGCGAGCGCUUCCCCUCGCUGCUGACGCUCACUGAGCACAAGGUGACCCACAGCAAGAGCCUGGACACGGGCACCUGUCGCAUCUGCAAAAUGCCCCUGCAGAGCGAGGAGGAGUUCAUUGAGCACUGCCAGAUGCACCCCGACUUGCGCAACUCCCUCACUGGCUUCCGCUGUGUGGUCUGUAUGCAGACUGUCACCUCCACGUUGGAGCUCAAGAUCCAUGGCACCUUCCACAUGCAGAAGCUGGCGGGCAGCUCGGCUGCCUCCUCCCCCAAUGGCCAGGGCCUGCAGAAGCUCUACAAGUGCGCCCUGUGCCUCAAAGAGUUCCGUAGCAAGCAGGACCUGGUCAGGCUUGAUGUCAAUGGGCUUCCCUAUGGCCUAUGUGCCGGCUGCAUGGCCCGUAGUGCCAAUGGACAGGUGGGUGGCCUGGCCCCACCCGAACCUGCUGACCGGCCUUGUGCUGGUCUCCGCUGCCCUGAAUGCAACGUGAAGUUCGAGAGUGCCGAGGACCUGGAGAGCCACAUGCAGGUGGACCACCGUGAUCUUACACCAGAGACCAGUGGGCCCCGGAAAGGGGCCCAGACAUCACCAGUGCCCCGGAAAAAGACGUACCAGUGUAUCAAGUGCCAGAUGACCUUCGAGAACGAGAGAGAGAUCCAGAUCCACGUUGCCAACCACAUGAUCGAGGAAGGCAUUAACCACGAGUGUAAGCUGUGCAACCAGAUGUUCGACUCCCCAGCCAAGCUCCUCUGCCACCUCAUCGAGCACAGCUUCGAGGGCAUGGGUGGUACUUUCAAGUGCCCCGUGUGCUUUACAGUCUUCGUCCAGGCCAACAAGCUGCAACAGCAUAUCUUUGCCGUGCACGGACAGGAGGACAAAAUCUACGACUGCUCGCAGUGCCCGCAGAAGUUUUUCUUCCAGACAGAGUUGCAGAACCACACGAUGAGCCAGCACGCACAGUGAGGGACCUCGCGACAGGACACCUCUCCGCAGAAGGCUUGCCGGAGACGCCGUGGGGAGGGCCAUUUGAACAUUACAUCCAAUCAAAGUGUCAUUUGCAACCCAGAUGUAAAACUCUAAUGAUUUGGCCAUGAGGCGCUGCUAUUAUAAGCAGCUGGAAAUGAAUAUUAAUGGCAGAGAUUAAAAGUAUUCCAUGCUCAGUGUUUUUUAUUGUCCUGCUACAGCUAGUGUGCUUUUAGAGUUUUCGCCGCAGAGUACAUUUCUAGUGUUAGAGAAACCUGCUUUUUGAGGCUAUUGUCCUUUGUUCCUUCAUGUA